AGGAUGAUGAGGCUGGUCCCCCAGGAGACGAUGAUGAAGAGGAGGAUGAAGAGGAGGAGGAGGGUUCUGAGGGAGACGAGGACGAGGUGGGCCUGUCGUACUUGAUGAAGGAGGGCAUCCAGGAUGAAGAGGAUGAUGGAGAUUAUGUUGAGGAAGAGGAGGAUGACGAGGAAGAGGAGGAGGAAG